AUAUUCUUGUUGGUAUGGAGGUUAUGUUAUUGUUCAGCGGCAAAACAAGCGUCCGUCGGCUGAAAUUUGACAUUUUAAAAGAUUCAUCGAUAAUUUGCGUUACUGCACGACCGAAUUUGAAAUUAUCAUCAUUCUAGUGAUUUUCUUGUCCCAUUCAAGGUCAAAAUGGAUUUUCAAAAUAGACCAGGUGGAAAAACUGGCGGAGGAGGUCAGGCGUCAUGGUCGGAAACGAAUCGGGAUCGGAGAGAGCGAUUGCGACAGCUGGCUCUCGAAACGAUAGAUCUCAACAAAGAUCCAUAUUUUAUGAAAAAUCAUUUAGGUUCAUAUGAGUGUAAAUUGUGCCUAACUUUGCAUAAUAAUGAAGGAAGCUACUUGGCGCACACACAAGGUAAAAAACAUCAAGCAAAUUUGGCACGGCGAGCUGCCAAAGAUGUCAAAGACACACCUCAGCAGCCCGCUCCAGAGAAACCUAGGAUAGAGCCAAAAAAGUUUGUUAAAAUUGGACGACCUGGUUACAGAGUUACGAAACAAAAGGAUCCUGAAACCGGUCAGCAGAGCUUACUCUUUCAAGUUGAUUAUCCAGAAAUCGCAGAAGGAGUUACACCAAGGCAUCGAUUCAUGUCUGCCUACGAACAGCGAGUGGAGCCUCCUGACAGAAAAUGGCAGUAUUUAUUGUUUGCAGCCGAGCCUUAUGAAACAAUAGCAUUCAAGGUACCCAGUCGAGAAGUGGACAAAUCAGAAGCCAAAUUUUGGACACAUUGGAACUGUGACACUAAACAAUUCUUCCUCCAGUUUGCGUUCAAGCAGGUGGAUCCAAAACAGAGCUCCGGAAAUGUCCACCGAAUGUCAAUGAACCAAUCAAACAACUCCAUGCCCACGAACCUCCUACCCCCUCCCCCGCCUCCCCCCAUGUUCAAUCCGGUACCCCCUCCCCCUCCCAAAAUUGGAGAUGCUCCACCUCCCCCACCCCUAGGAAUUCCACCCCCUCCUCCACCCAAUAUUUCAGCUUAAUUGUCAACCUCAUAAGUCAGUGCUUGUCUCAUAAUCUUUUACUUUUAAACUAAAGAAAAAAGAUGAAUUGUAAAAACAUGUUUGGUAAUAAUAACGGAUUUUUUUUUUUUU